AUGGACACUCGCGAAGCUUGGUCGACUUUUGCAGAUAAACUGAGAGCCUCUCAGCGUGUUCUGUGCCUCGUGGGAGCUGGGCUCAGUGCACCAUCUGGUUUGGACACUUGGCGUGGGUCGAACGGGUUGUGGAACGAUAUUAAUCUGAGAGACCUUGCCUCGCCCAAUAAGUUCUUCGAGGAUCCAGUCACUGUGUGGACCUUCUAUGGCGAGCGUUUAGUUAAAACAUUAGCUGCGCAGCCAAAUUUAGCGCAUCACGCAUUAGCAGCUCUUGCCACUGGGCAUGAAGGAUGGCUGACUAUCAACCAGAAUGUCGAUGGGCUUCUCGAGCAAACCGAACAUCCUAUGACAAGGCUACUGGGUAUUCACGGCACAUUGCGUACUAUUCGAUGUACUUCUUGCAACUACAACACCAGAAUUGAAAGUCCGAGCGAUGUACCAUUUCUGCUGUUGUUGUCAACUCAAUUACGCUCGGUAACAUUAUCCGACCUUCCCCGUUGCCCUGUAUGCACAAAGCUAUUGCGUCCAGGGGUUGUCUGGUUUGGUGAGAUGCUCGCUGCUGGUGCGCCAGAUACCAUUGAUGACUGGAUAUCACAGGACGAUGUCGACUUAGUGAUUGCUGUGGGUACAAGCCUAGAAGUCUAUCCAGCUACAGAAUGGGUUGAGGCAGUGCGAGAGUCGGGGGCGUCAUUGGCUAUCAUUAAUACGGAAAAAACAGACCGGCUAGUGGAUGAGCUAAAUGACGACGACUGGUUUUUUGAAGGAGACGCCGCAGACAUUCUACCUAGGAUACUUGAUCUUGUCACAUACCGACAUCACGCAAAGUCAUCACCGGCAGCCCUUUCGUCGUCGGUGUCCGGUGCCUGCAGCUUGAAGAGGACGUUACUACCAUCGUCGUAG